AUGCCGGCAUCUCCAUUAUCUCAGGGACUCCUGAUUACUGAUUCUGAACCUCAGGGACUCCUGAUUACUGAUUCUGAACCUCAGAGACUCCUGAUUACUGAUUCUGAACCUCAGAGACUCCUGAUUACUGAUUCUGAACCUCAGAGACUCCUGAUUACUGAUUCUGAACCUCAGAGACUCCUGAGAACUGAUUCUGAACCUCAGAGACUCCUGAGAACUGAUUCUGAACCUCAGAGACUCCUGAGAACUGAUUCUGAACCUCAGAGACUCCUGAGAACUGAUUCUGAACCUCAGAGACUCCUGAUAACUGAUUCUGAGCCUCAGAGACUCCUGAGAACUGAUUCUGAACCUCAGAGACUCCUGAUAACUGAUUCUGAGCCUCAGAGACUCCUGAGAACUGAUUCUGAACCUCAGAGACUUCUGAUAACUGAUUCUGAACCUCAGAGACUCCUGAUAACUGAUUCUGAACCUCAGAGACGCCUGAUAACUGAUUCUGAACCUCAGAGACUCCCGAUAACUGAUUCUGAACCUCAGAGACUCCUGAUAACUGAUUCUGAACCUCAGAGACUCCUGAUAACUGAUUCUGAACCUCAGAGACUUCUGAUAACUGAUUCUGAACCUCAGAGACUCCUGAUAACUGAUUCUGAACCUCAGAGACUCCUGAUAACUGAUUCUGAACCUCAGAGACCCCUGAUAACUGAUUCUGAACCUCAGAGACUCCUGAUAACUGAUUCUGAACCUCAGAGACUCCUGAUAACUGAUUCUGAACCUCAGAGACUCCUGAUAACUGAUUCUGAACCUCAGAGACUUCUGAUAACUGAUUCUGAACCUCAGAGACUCCUGAUAACUGAUUCUGAACCUCAGAGACGCCUGAUAACUGAUUCUGAACCUCAGAGACUCCUGAUAACUGAUUCUGAACCUCAGAGACGCCUGAUAACUGAUUCUGAACCUCAGAGACGCCUGAUAACUGAUUCUGAACCCCAAGGAAGUGACUUUUUACUAUUAUUUGAUAAAUUAACUUCAGCACCAAAUUAA